AUGUUCCUCGCGCUCGGCGCCUGCUCGCAGCCCGGCCUGAAGGCCUGCGGCGCGGGCUUCGACCACUUUCCAUUUUGCAACCACUCCCUGCCGCUCGAUCAACGCGUCUGGGACUUGGUCAGCCGGAUCGACGACAGCGUCAAGCCCAACCUCCUCACCGCGCGCGGCCACCGCAUGCACACCGGCGGCCGGCAGGCGCUGCCGAAGCUGGGCGUGCCCUCCUACUACUGGGGCUCAAACUGCCUCCACUCGUCCAUGUUUGCCAACUGCACGACCGACGGGCGGUGCAGCCAGUCGUUUCCCUCCAACACGGCAUGGGCGGCCACCUUUGAUCGGCGGCUCAUGCGGCAGAUGGCCGCGGUGGUGGGGCGUGAGACCCGGGCGGGCUGGAACUUGGGUUCCUGGCUCGAUGACGGCCUCAAUGGUGCUGGCCUCGACUGCUGGGGUCCCGUGCUAAACAUGAACCGCGACCCGCGGUGGGGCAGGAACGGCGAGGGCGGCGCCGAGGACCCGUACCUGAUGGGCCAGCUUGGGACGGCGUGGACGCGCGGGCUGCAGCAGGGCGACCCGGAGAUUGCGCGCGAGGCCGCGAGCCAGUACACGCUGGUGGCCGUCACGCUCAAGCACUUCGACGCCAACUCACUCGAGGACAGCGAUGGCUUCACGCGGCACACCGUCGACGUGAACGUCAGCCGGCAGCUGCUGACCGACUACUACUGGCCGGCCUUCCGCGCCCCGAUCCGCGAGGCGGGCGCCCUUGGCGUGAUGUGCAGCUACAACGCCGUCAACGGCCUGCCCGCCUGCGCGUCGCCCGUGAUGAAGGCUGCGCGCGAGGCGUGGGGCUUCCAAGGGUACGUCACCUCGGACACCGACUCGGUCGCGGACGUGUGGAGGGCGCACCGCUACAAGCGCACCGCGGAGGAGGCGAGCUGCGUCGCACUCCGCGAGGGAGGCACUGACGUGGACUCGGGGAACACUUACUACCACUCCCUGCUGAGCGGCGUCCGCUCCGGGCGCUGCUCCAUCUCGGACGUCGACCGGGCGCUCUUCAACACCUUCCGGGUCCGCUUCAAGCUCGGCCUCUUCGACCCAAAGGCAGGCAACCCGUACUGGCAGCUCGGCGAGGCGGACAUCGGCACCGCCGCGUCGCGAGCGCUCAACCGACACGCGGCCGCCGCCUCGCUCGUCCUGCUUCAGAACCCGACCUCUCGGCGCGGCGGCGGGCCCAUCCUGCCGCUCGCUCCGGGCAAGCGGAUCGCCGUCCUCGGGCCGCACGCCAACGCGACCCGCGCCCUCAUCCAGGUGGACACGGGCAAGGUCUGCGCCAGCGGAGGCUUCGAGUGCGUCACCUCGCCGCUCGCGGCCCUCGCGGACCGCAACCCCGACGCGGGUACGGCGUACGCCGAGGGCUGCGACGUGAUCCUCAUGGGGCGCCAGGGCUUCUCGGCGGCGCUCGCUGCGGCGGAGGCGGCCGAGGUGGUUGUGCUCGGGCUGGGCGGCACCUCGUGCGGCUCGUGGGGCGCGGGGCGCUGGGGGAAGCGCGACAAUGCGCCCCGCCACUUGCACUGCCGCCCCGCCAACGCGACCAACGGCAUGCAGUGGGCCGAAGGCGAGGCGCACGACCGCACCUCCAUCGACUUGCCAGGCGAGCAGCAUGCACUCGCGGCGGCGGUGCUCGCGCUCAACAAGCCGACGGUCCUCUUCCUGCUCAACGGAGGCAUGGUGUCCGUGGCGGAGGAGCUCCGCCACGCGAUCAACCCGCCGGCGGUCGUCGAGGCCUUUUACCCGGGAGCAGAGGGCGGCGAGGCCCUCGCGGACGCGCUCUUCGGGCGCACCAACCGCUGGGGGAAGAUGCCGUACUCGGUCUACACCGCGGACUGGGCAAAGACAAACUCGAUGCUCGACCACGACGUCCAGCACGGGCUGGGCCGCACGUACCGCUACUACAGGGGGAGCGUCCCGCUCGUCACCCCGUUCGGGCACGGCCUCUCCUACACCACCUUUGAGCUCGCGAUCGGGGAGCCGCGCGGCGGCUGGACCCUCUCCACCGCCUCGGCCACCGCGCUGCACGUGAGCGUCGUGCUCACGAACGUCGGCCCUCGCGAGGGGGACGAGGCGUACUUUGCGCCGCUGUCGCUCGCCGCGCCCGGCGUGCCCAACCACCCGAUCAAGGCGCUCUGGGGCUUCGAGCGCGUGAGCGACCUCGGCAGCGGCGAGUCGGCCACGGUGACCUUCUCGCUCGGCGCGCGCGACCUCCAGCUCAGCGACCUGAACGGAGACCUCGUGCUCGCGCCCGGCAAGUACAACGUCACCUUCGAGAACGGCGCGGGAGCCGUCGCGGCACGCACCGUGACGCUCACGGGAGAGAGGCGGAACUAG